AAUUUAAGCACUACAUUCCGCCUCCGGUAACUGCAAUCAAGUAAGUGUUCUGUGACUGCAAUCUGUAUUCUGUACUUAAUUACCUACAUACUGUUAUCAUUUAGAAUUUAGUAAUUAGUUAAUACAAAUAACUUAAGUUUAAACUUGAAUACUUAUGCAAAAUAUGAAAGAAAACACUGAAAUAAUUUCAUCUCAAGCAAAUUCUGAGAAAGACUACGAAAAUGGUGAUAUCCUACAGAGACUUCAUACACAUACAUUCCUGGAUUUCCUUGAUAUUCAUGAUGACAACAUGUUAGUGGGAGGAUCAGAUUUCAGUGGCCGUUAUUGGGAUGGUAACAUAUAUGUGUCUACAAUAUCACAAGAAGGAGAGAUAUCCACAGGAAAUCUUGAAGCAAGCAUUAAUACAAUAGCUGGAUCAGCAGAUGGAUGUUUUCUUGAUAACCCACAAAGAAUAAUAUUAUGUGAAGAUAGUGGGGCUAUUGAAGUUUGGUCAUUUGUGCAAGAUCAGAAUCUUUGGGUGCAGGAGUCUCACAUUGAAGAACACGACUCUGCUGUAUUGACCAUUGGAUGCCUGGUCCCUAAUAAUCUCUAUGUAACAGCAGGGGCAGAUGAAAAUAUUAAGGCUUGGGACGUGAAACAAAUGCGAAGUACCAGAGACUACAGAAAGGCUCAUUCACAUGUGAUCAGCCAAGUAGCCGUUCAGCCUGGCAGUUCUGAUGUCUUUGUAACAGGCUCUCUUGAUCAUGAGGUUAAACUUUGGGAUUAUAGACUUCAGAAAUCUGUAUCUGCUUUGGUAAACAAUGAUGCUGUUCGCUGUGUGCAAUGGCUUGACGAACAUCAUGUUAUGUUCGGUGACGAGGCUGGUAGUUUGAAGUUGGUUGACUCCAGAAACAUUCAAGAUGGCAAAAGUACAAAGACCCUACACGAAUUUCCAGUUCCUGUGCACAAAAUAGAGGUUGAACGAGAAACCAAGAAAAUGGCAGUUUGUUGUGACAAUGCAACUAUAUUGACGUUUGAUGCUAGCAACAAGGAAAGUUUAAAUAUUAUAUAUGAAAAUUCUAGUCAUAGAAACUUUGUAAGAGGUUUGGCGUGGGAUACAGCAAAUAAAAAUGUAUUAUACAGCUCUGGUUGGGAUGGAUUAGUUAAAAAGCAUAUUAUACCUAAUAUUUAGACAUGUUUAUUUUAUUAAAAGAAUAUUGAAUAAAGACUUCUCAAUAAA